UAAUCAAUAUAGUAUAAUAAUCCAAAAUAGUAUAGUGGAAUAAUCCAAAAUAGUUUAAAUUAUGAUUUUUUAAUAGCUUAAACUAAAAGUAGCUAUCAAUUUUAUCGAUAAAUUAACAACAUAAAAAAUGAAACUACAUUGAAAUAUGUAAUCAACAUAAACAACAUUUUCAAAAUGAUGUCUGGUACCCCAAAAGAAUUUGCGAGGGCUUGCUGGAACGAAGUUUACAACAGAAUUAUUGGUGCUGUUGUAUUCUUAGAUGAUUAUAGCGCAGAAUGCUUGCAUUGGGAUGGAGGACUGUUCAACCUUCUUACGGGUGGAGCUGUUGCUGUGAAAAGUUUGUCACCAUUUGAGUGUGCUAAAAAAGAACAUAAAAAGGCUGUUUUUAUAACUCAAUCAACUUCAACACAGUUGCAAACAAUACGUGAAAUUAUACGUAACAGUGACUUUGUGCACUGUAUUCUGAUAUCAUGUAUGAGCCUAGAUGUUGUGUACUUGGAGCUGAAUGAGGGAAAAGAUGUCACAGAUAUUGUCUCAGCUGGUAAAGCUUUCACUGCAGCCACAAAGCAGCUUGAGAGAAUGCUUAUGGAAUGGAUGGGGAAAAAGCAAUGUUCAACAGAGGUAUUACAUGUACCAAUAUUUACUAUCUGCCCCACUAAUUCUGUGUUCCUCACACCACCAUAUCAGAAGAUAUAUCCAUCAUUUAAUGGUAAUUUGAUACCAGAAUCAAAUUCCAUAGACUUAUAUACACUCAGUAAUGAAGAGAGGUCUCAAGUGAGGAGACUUGCUAGUGGCUUGAAUAGUAUGUUUGAAUCAAUGAAUCUGAAGGAAGAUGUGUUUUAUAUGGGUAUGUAUAGUUCCUUGGUGGCAGGAGUAUUGGAAAAUUCACCAGUCUGUCUUACUAGGAGGAAGAACUGCACCAACCCUGUAUCUCUUCUAAUAAUAGACCGUACGCUAGACUUGUGCGGUGUGACUAGCCACUCCAUGGAGUGUGUGUUAGACAAGGUGAUGUAUGUGCUGCCCCGGUUCCCCGGACAUUCUAAUGAUGUUGCAGUUGACAUGUCGCCUCUAUGUGAAGCAAAUGUAACAUCACAUCUGGAUGACAUCCAAUUGAGUCCGGGAUGUCUGUACCAUGCAGAAGAUGAUGCAUGCUCCCAAACAUUUGACUACAUGAUCAACAAGUCACAGAAGGAAGUCAUGUUUGACUUGUAUAAUAAACUCUGUAAGAUAGAUGUACAGAAAUCACCGGGAUCUAAAACAUUGUUGAAAGUCACGCCAUUGAGUGUUGAGAAGAUUGUUAUGGCUUCUAAAGGAAACUAUGAUAUUAUCGGCAAACAUAUAGGAGUUCUCCAGCAAGCGCUGGGUGUGGUGCAAACUUUGAAAUCACCAAAGAGGAACCAGUUGGAGCUGGUGAUGGGUCUGGAGCGACAAGUUCAUCAGAGCCUGGCCACUAGCAGGGAUUCCACCAGUGUUCUGCAUCAGAUAAGUCAACUAAUCAAAACAAGGAAAGAAAGAAAUCUACCUUUAGAGAAUCUGUUAGCACUUAUCACUCAUGUAUACUCUCUGACGGGGACCGAGGUGUCCUUCAACAAGCAACACGAAGACACGCUCGCUGAGAUGCUAAGUGUUGCCAUAUUUGAGGACCAUAAGACGCUGUUAACUAACCUCGACCCGGGUAUGGCAACCCCGGAAGGCUGUGCGGACAUGGCGAACAAAAUUAUGAAAAAAUUGAAAGAUAUCUCACAGAUGCGGAAAAUUUUGAAUAAAUACACGUCAGUGCUGAAGGCGAGCGAGAGCGGGCGCGGGCACGAGUACUGCGGCGUGCUGCAGCAGCUGCUGGAGGAUUAUGUAGGGACCAACAAAAACCCCCUCGAUAUCUUUCAUCGUAAGCGCCUCUUACAAUCUGGUUUCAGUAUUCUGACCAGCAAGAAGUCUCGCAGCACAAAGCACCCGCUGGACAACCCGACUGUGAUAGUGUUCGUGGUGGGCGGAGUGACUGCGGAGGAAUGCAAGCAACUGCACCGCGCUAUGAUCACCAGCGGAGUAGACAAUGCCCUCAUUAUCGGUUCCACGAAGUUCGUCAACCCUGUGGAAGCUAUGAGAGAUGCUCUGGCUAUAUAAUAGUUUCACGGAUGCUGAAAAUCAUAUAUAGGCAACAACCAGCCUGCUGUAAGAUAUGAGCGCGCGAGACAUUUUGGAAAACCCAUUAAAAAAUAUUUUAGGUACCUAUACUCAGGGAAUGACAAUGAGGCGGCAAAAUCGUUGGAUGUUGCGACCCGUGAACGUAUUUGCACGCUAAAGGUCAACAUGUCAAAGGAUGGACCUUUGACAUGUUGACCUGCUGUAAACCAACGUGUGCUGUCUAGUGCGUACGGCAAACAUAAAGAUUAUUCUUGUUCUCGCCGUGCCAACAUAAGCGGCGACAAUUAACAUGUCUUACCUGCCAAUAAAUAUGAUAAUAAUAUGCCUGUAACUUUCAAUGGAAACUAAGUGGAAAUAUGGUUUGUUGAUAGUUUUGGAAGAAAUUUGUAUCUGUCUGUAUUUUGAUUUCAUAUAAAGUAAUGUUAUGUUUUACAAUUUUUUUUUUUCAUUUGAAUAAAGUUUUAUUUUAUACGUUCUUGCUGAUUUUUCGUUGUUUAUAAGUCGUAUAUUAAUGCAUGUGUAUAGAAAAUAAGUAUAAUAAGUGCAAUGCAAU